AUGGGAAGGCGUCACCUGCAACUGAGGCGGGGCCAUCAUUGAAGUCUCCCUGGCCUCUAGAGGACUAGAAGGGUGCAUCUCGCCUUGCCUCGCCGGCCUCACCAACCUGUUACGUGUCAACCUCUCACACAACUCGUUCUCCGGUGGCCUUCCGCUGGAGCUCGUGUACUCCAGCAACAUCAUUGUCCUCGAUGUCAGCUUCAGCAGGCUUAAUGGGGUGCUGAACGAGCUGCCAUAUUCGGUCACCUCGGCCCGGACUCUACAGGUACUCAACAUCUCAAGCAACCAACUGACUGCAGAAUUUCCAUCAUCCACAUGGAAUGUGAUGCGGAAUUUAGUCGUGCUCAAUGCCAACAACAACAGCUUCACUAGGUGCAUACCACCUUCUCUCUGCCUCUCGUCGUCUUUGGCCAUGCUUGAUCUUUGUUACAACCAAUUGAGUGGCUCUGUUCCUGCUGCACUUGGUAAUUGCUCCAACCUCAAAGUUCUCAAGGUUGGGAACAACAAGCUAAGUGGGAUCCUCCCUGCUAAACUCUUCCAUGCUACUUCCCUGGAGCACCUCUCUUUUCCAAACGAUGGCUUACAAGGAGAACUUGAUGGAGAGAAUAUAGUAAAACUCAGUAAUCUGGUUAUUCUCGACCUAGGAGGGAACAAAUUCAGUGGCAAGAUCCCAGACACCAUAGGUAAGCUAAAGAAGCUAGAGGAGCUCUAUUUGGGUAGCAAUAACAUGUCCAGGGAGCUUCCAUCAAGUCUGAGUAACUGUACCAAUCUUAUAAUCAUUGAACUGAUGAUUAACAACAUCAGCAGAGAUCUAGGGAGGGUAAACUUCUCUACCCUGCACAGUCUAAAACAUUUACAUCUUAUGAGAAAUAACUUCAGUGGCAUGGUUCCAGAAAGCAUUUACUCAUGCAACAAUUUGAUUGCACUGCGGCUGUCGUUGAACCAUCUCCAUGGCGAGAUCUCACCAGGAAUAGGGAACCUGCAUCUUUCGUACCUAUCACUUGCUAGAAACCCUUUUACAAAUAUUAUGAAAGCUUUUCAUGUCUUUAAGAGCUUCAGGAACAUCACCACCCUGAUUCUUGCCCAGAACUUCAUGAAUGAGGCCAUGCCACAAGAUGAAACCAUACAUAGUUUUCAGAAUCUUCAAUAUAUCAACAUGGCUGACAGCUCAUUAACUGGAAAUUUACCAGUUUGGUUAUCGAAGCUCAGAAAUUUGAAGAUACUAAGGUUAUCCAACAAUCGACUCAGCGGACCAAUGCCAGGCUGGAUCAACUGCCUAAAUAGCCUCUUCUAUCUGGAUGUAUCGAAUAACAGAUUUACUGGGAAAAUCCCCAUCACCUUGAUGGAGAUCUCAGUGCUAACAUCAGAUAAGAUAUCAACUUAUUUGGAUCCAGGACACCUUGAACUACCUGUUUUUCGGGGGAACCUAUCGCGCCAAUACCAUGUUCUUACGGCUUUCCCUAAGUUCUUGAAUCUAAGUACCAACAACUUCACAUGUGUGAUUCCACCGGAGAUUGGUCAAUUGAAGGUGCUGUCUCAAGUCGAUUUCAGCUUCAACAGAUUAUAUGGAGAUAUUCCGCCGUCUAUCUGCAACCUCAUGAAGCUGGAGGUGCUAGAUUUGUCUCUGACAGGUGAAAUCCCAGCAACAUUGGGGAAUCUUCACUUCCUUUCCGCAUUCAACAUUUCUAACAAUGACCUAGAAGGGCCUGUUCCAACAGGAGGCCAGCUGAGUACAUUUCCAGAAUCUAGUUUUGAUGGGAAUCCGAAACUGUGUGGCGCUAUGCUUAUUCACCAUUGUAGCUCAGUUGGUGGAGAUCCUGUCUGCGUUAUCUCCACAAAACAACACAGCAACAAGAUCAUCAUUUUUAUUGCCUAUGGUUUGUUCUUUGGAGUAGGGGUGUUAUAUGACCAGUUAGUGUUUUAUAGGUAUGUCGGCUAAGCCCACUUCAGUUGUAAUUUCUUCUAGUAUCCAAUGUAUACUGGCAAAGAAAGCAAUAAAAAAUCAUAAUAUUUGCCGGUCAGAAGUGUUUAUACAAUUAUUAUGAAUUACAGCGGAUAGAUAUAGACGUCAACAACCUGAAUAAACAUCCUUACCGUGACUGAUACAAUUAGGAUUACAAACCAAAAUAUCACCAUGUUUGGUUAAACAAACUUAUGCGGUAGUUUAACCC